CGCGUUCCGGGUCGGUCGAUUCCCCGCAGUCGCGCGCGGCUCCCUUCCUGUCCGAGAGCGCCCCAGGAGGACCCUCGACCCUCGACCAUCGAUCGGGAGACUCGCCGGGUCGCGAAGAUCGAUGCGCGAGCUCGCUAGAUUCUCCUUUGGAGCGGGACGCGAGUCAUAGCGAGGAAUCGACCCGAUCCGCACGCUAGGGUCGCGAAGAUCGAGGGAGGAUCCGGAAUUCCGGAAUUCCGUGCGCGAGUGAGUCCAGUCCCGUGGUCGAUGCCUUGAACGGCUCGAGGUCUCGGAAGGGAAUCUCCGAGUGGAAUCGAUCGGCUUUCUCGGAUCUCCCGUCUUCCGUUUCCACGCGUCCGACCCGGGGAAGAGGGUGGACGGGAAAAUGACGAGGACGAGACGAGAGUUCCUCCGGGUGCUCUUCCUCUUCCCGGUGUGCUCGAUGACGCUUUCCGGGAACUCGGAAGCCGCGCCUUCGGUCGUCAGCGACACGGGAGCCAUGAGAUACUUGUCGCAAUUCGGGUACUUGCCACCGGCGAAUCCUACGAGCGGCGGCAUCAUCUCCGAGGAGACGAUGGUCAGGGCGAUCACAGAAUUCCAAUCGUUUGCUGGCCUCAACGUAACCGGAAUAUUGGACGAUGACACCGCUCACCUGAUGUCCUUGCCGAGGUGCGGUGUUAAGGAUAGAGUAGGACCAAGCUCCGAUGGGAGGUCGAAAAGAUACGCCCUUCAAGGUUCAAGGUGGAGGGUGAAAAAACUGACGUACAAGAUCAGUAAGUACCCAAGGAUUUUAGAGAGAAACGCCGUCGACAAAGAAAUCGCAAAAGCCUUUUCCGUGUGGUCGGAGUACACCGAUUUGACGUUCACGCCGAAGAAGUCUGGUCAGGUCCACAUCGAGAUCAGGUUCGAGAAGGGUGAGCACGGCGACGGCGAUCCCUUCGACGGCCCCGGAGGCACCCUGGCCCAUGCCUACUUUCCCGUCUACGGCGGAGACGCCCACUUCGACGACUCCGAGCAGUGGACCGUCAACAGCUACCGGGGCACCAACCUCUUCCAGGUAGCCGCACACGAGUUUGGACAUUCUCUGGGGCUCAGCCACAGCGACAUCAAGUCGGCCCUGAUGGCGCCCUUCUACCGUGGGUACGAUCCUACCUUCACGUUGGACACGGACGACAUACAGGGCAUCCAGGCUCUUUAUGGUUCGAAAACGGACGACGAAGGAACCGGCACUUCUCACCGGACCACGGUUUCGCCUUCGGGCAGCGAGGAGGACCCCCGGUUGUGCAUGAACCCUAAGGUCGAUACCAUGUUCAAUUCCGCGGAAGGACACACGUACGCUUUCCAAGGAGAUCAUUAUUGGAAAUUAACAGCAGAUGGCGUUGCCAGUGGUUAUCCGAGACUCAUCAGCAACUCAUGGAAGGGUUUGCCGGGAAACAUAGAUGCUGCCUUUACAUACAAAAACGGCAAAACAUACUUUUUCAAGGGAUCGAAAUACUGGAGGUACGUGGGCAAGAGGAUGGAUGGGAGCUAUCCUAAGGACAUCAGCGAAGGGUUCACAGGAAUUCCUGACAAUAUCGACGCCGCUACAGUCUGGACAGGGAACGGCAAGAUCUACUUCUAUAAGGGGACCAAAUUCUGGAGGUUCGACCCCGCUCAAAGGCCCCCGGUUAAGAGCACUUAUCCAAAACUGAUCUCAAAUUGGGAAGGACUGCCUGACAAUUUGGACGCUGCUUUGACCUACAAUGGGUACACUUACUUCUUCAAAGGGAGCGCCUAUUACCGAUUCAACGAUAGGGCCUUUUCUGUCGACGUCGCAGAUCCGGCAUUCCCACGGUCGAUCGCAUACUGGUGGUUCGGUUGCAGGUCGGCAAACAAAGGAACUGUAGGUAAUGUUCAAUGGAUGGUUGAGAAUUCUGGAGAAUCUACUUCGUAUGCUAGCAAUCUGGAGGCGGUCGAUGGUGAUGACGUUGGCGCUGAAGGCGAUAACGUUGGCGAUGUCGGUGACAUUAUAUUAGACGCAGAAGAUCCUGACGAGGAGCUGGCCACGUCGAUGAAUCAAGACGAUUCGUCGAACAUGGACGAGAAGGAAAACUCCGGAGUCGAAGACUCGCUCGGCUCGAGAAGACCGACGUGGCGAAUUUUAACUACUGCCGUGGCACUCCUCGCGAGAUUCGCCAUACUUUUGUAAGGAGUUGAGCAAACAGUGGAAAUAAAAAGUAUUGCCAACCGUUCGGCUGAAUCGAGGAUGCAAGGUGUAAGGAUGCGUCGCCGACCACGUUAGGACAUCGCCCACAGGCUGGUGGUCUGCUUUCGGACGACCGCGACUCCGGCCAGUGCGACGAUCCAGCGAUGGGAUCUUCUUCCAAACGAGGUGGAUUCCUCCUAGGAAGAUACAGAAAACGGGACAUUCGCGGAUCAGAAUUGCCAGUCGUGCUUCCGAUUCCUUCGAUAUUCGAGAGAGUCGUCUUCGUGCACGAAUAAUCGACCAUGUGGAGGUGUUCGAGAAACAUGUAAUUAGAAUGAGUUCGAUAAAUGGCAGGGAAGAUUCGUUGAUUUCACGUUGCCCUGAAAUCGCAGCAGUAAUAUAUGCAAUAAGAAGUACUCGCGAGGACGAGCCUCGCGUGACCUGGAGUUAAUAUAUCCCGAAGAACUUUUCGUAGUGGUAAAAGGAACCUGACGUACCUACUAUAACUGUAAUUUGAUAUCCAAAUAUUGGGGAUUUUCUCAAAGCAAUAGGGCGUUCCGUUGAAAAAGGUAUAUACAUUGGCAUGGUUUCUUUGCGGUUCUCAUGAAUUCGCGGUGCUCCGCAUACGCAUAAUUAUACCGCUCCAUGCGUGUAAUGUAAGACAUAUUUCGGAUCAUUCGUUUACACUGCCUCCUACUUGUCGAAGCACGAGUUUCAUCGCAAAGACGUUCCGCUUCUACAGCGGCUGUCAUUUUGGACCUCGAAAGUGCAAGUGUACAAGUGCCCGUACUUUAAUGGAUAUAAGAAUAUAGGCUCACGUUGAGCCCGUAUCGAUGCCCCCAGUCUUUAGAAGAGAUAUUGCGACAUGACAAACGUAGAUGCGAUAGUAAGGCAAACAUGAUCUCUUGAUCAGUAAUGAAGCAAGAAUAGAUUCAAAUCGCGCAGCGCUUUGAGCUAUGUAGUGACUGAAGCUGUAAUAAUGUCAGGGUUUCAUCGAAUAAUCGACAUCUCGCGCCAAGUGCCUUGGAGAGUAUUUUUAUAAUUUAUAGAUUAAAUUUUAUAAGUCGUAUGAAAUAUGUAGUGUAGAUUGUAGCACGAGGUAUAGCUUUUACUCUUCCUCCAACUCUAAUGUAAAUAAUCAACUUUCAUACCUAAGUUCUAACGUUACUGUGGUGGAUCGACAUUCUUCCAAGUAGUGGCAUCUACAUUGGAUUAACCGUUCACACGCUUUGUUUUCUUAAAAAUAUCGUAUUUAAAUGCGGUAUUUAUGGCACGAAUCUAAAACCUGGAGAUACAACGAGCAAAAACUUGUAUGUAACGGUGAAAAAUUCGGACGAACGGAUACAAGAUAGUCCCGGUACUUUACGCCGGUGAAGUAGACGGUCGGUUUUUGAAUUGGAUAGAACGGUUUCCCGUUGUAGCUGUCGUUCAAAUAAUUUGUUCUGUUUUUUUUUACAUUUAAAAAAGAAACCUACAUCACGAUUCUCGUAUCGCAAUCAUUGAAGUCCCGUAUAUAUUCGUAAAUGUACAUUUUCUAUUGUUGAAUAUUAACAGAAUACUAUUAAUUUAUAUACGUUCUUAUCUUUACACUGACAUUAUUCAUUUAAUUCAUAUCAAUGAAUAUGAUAUUGAGCUCAAGUAUUACCCUACUUUUAUAUAAUUCUUUUCCUUCAUGCAAUAAUUUAAUUUCAUCGGUUUCUCCUAUAUAAGAGAGUCAAAAGCGUGACUGAUAUUUCAUGCGUUUUAUUCCAUUUUGAAAGUUGACGCGUAUAUCAUCUAUAUAUUUUAAUAUUCGUAAUGCUUACUCUGUACGAACACUCACGCAUCAUACGUAGGCCUUUUAUAUACAAGUUAGUACAAGGUGAUGCAUAAAAUGAGCAGUAUCAUAACCGAUAUUCCUUAAUUGCCGUAAAAUUCUCUUAACGUGGUAUUAUUAACGGGGCUCUUAACUGCCACGUUAUGUUCAUUCCUCACUCCGACAAAAAAUGUAUAAGUAUUUUCAUUGACCAAAUCUUGGCCAGUGAUCGGUUUAUAGCUGAACAGUUUUUUUUGUUCAAUUCAUCGUUUUCUAGAUAGGAACAAUGUAAAAUUCCCAAUUGAUGUUGCUCAAACGAAGAUCUCAGCGACUCGAAUCGGUAUGAUCGAAAUUAUGAAUCAUUUUCGAUAUCUUGAAAUCGAGGUAAAGGCAACGUAUUAUUUCUCUCAUCCUUCUUCUAUUUCUGAACUGUCGCUCAUUAAAAUUUGAAUCGAAAUUACGAACAUUAAGAGCACCAUUAGGUGUAAAAAAAAAAGUUUAGCCAAAUAUUUAAAUACCAUGAUGGUUAUUAAUAUUUUCGGUCACAAAACGUUAUUAUUUGAGAUGCAUGUUAAACCAUAAAAAAUGAUUGGUUGACGUUAUUUAGAACUGUCCAUUUAUAGCAUACAAUUUACACACUACUUCUGUUCUCGUGACUGACUGCUGCACUCGUUUUACCCUAUCGAGAAAAUGAGCAGAAUGAAUGAAAAAGAAAAAAAAAAGCCUAUUUAUAAUAAACUGGUUUGCAUUUCCAGAGUUACCGGUUAUUCCGCACAAAUGUGAUUCCGAUUCACAGUUGUCCAUUUAAGGAGAAACAGUGUAAACGUUACAAUUACAUACCCCCAUAAAUGAAUCUUUUCUGUUUAUUCUGUCAAUUGUUAAUAUUUUGUAAAGACGACGAGAGCUUGUUACAGUAUCGUGAAAUGAAAUAAUUGAAUUUGUUUAUGUAGACUGUAUAAGUGAAUAAAUUACACAAAGGCUCAAAGAUAUGCAAAUAGUAAGUUACGUCAUCUACAUCCUGUUGUUUUAGCAAGUUAGAGGUAGUUAUUAUACUUUCAAGAGUAGAAAAGAACUUUAGGUUAAUAUAAUGCGUCACUCUAAAUUGAUACAAUUACAUCGUCGAGUUAAUUUUUUUACUCGCAUGUUAGUUUUUAUGAAUACGAUAAAGUUAAGUGGAAUAUCGUAGUUACACUUGUACUUAAGGUAUUAUGAAAAGGUCAUUCUAUAUAUAUCAGAACGUCAAAAUAUUUAAAAACUUUUCUCCAAACUGGGUGCACCGAAUUAGUUGGAACUUCAACACGCAAUUAUGUAUGCCCUAAAGAAAGAACGUGAUUCUCAUGAAAUUUUACUUUUCAAAGAAAAUGUGUUCUUGGUUCUAAUCUGGGAUGAAUAAUAUUUAGUUUAAUGAAAUUUCAUGAUCACGUUCUUCCUUAAGGCUUUCAUAAUCACAUGUAGAAGUUUCAAAUGAUUCAAUGUACCCAGUUUGACGAAAAGUUUUAUAAUUAUUUCGUUGUUUCGAUAUACAUGAGGACCCUUUCAUAACGCCUGAAUACUUAAAAAGUAUUUUAUGUGCGUCAAUGCGAUUCAGUCUGUAAGACAUAUAAUUCGAAUAAUAUUUACGUGAAUGAGCAAGUUAUAUUUCCAAGGAUAUAUGGAUCUGUAGGUCACGUGCAUUACGUUUUACUGGAAAUAAAACCGUUAGAUGUAAGCGAGAUGGUAUAAUGUUGCUUCAGUAUUAUAUUAAGAACCUAAACUUCUUUCAUAAAAUAUGGGACUGUUUUUUUCACGUCGAUUUCAGAGUCUCAUAAUUCAUAUUAAAACUUGCCAUGCCAUGGCGUCAAUCAUUGACCCAUAACAAACUGUAACUGUAAUAUACUAUUCUCAUCUUGAUACUAUGUACAAAUCAAUAAAACUACAAGACGUUUAAA